GCUUGUGAAGAACGGCCUACAAUGGCUGAGAUUGCAGAAGAGCUUGAAUUUGCACUAGAACAACAAGAGAUUUUUGAAAACCUCGGAAAGAGAGUGGAUAUUGAAGAAUUGAUCAAGAUUGCCAAUCUUGCCAUACCUCCCCUGCUUUAUGGAACCCACAACCAACUUCUGAUACUUCUCUUUAGAGGUUUCCUCGUUGAUGAUGGCAAGACGUGGAUAUCAAUGAAUAUGAAGGGAGAAGUUACCAAAGUGGUAUCCGCAACAAAAUGUUUCUUUGGAGACUCCCUUGUAACCAAGAAUGCAGAUACUGCCUUUAACAGGAAAGCAAAUAUCAUAAGGUCCAAGUUUCCACAUUAUUUGUGGAACAUGUAUAGCAAUCGUUUCAGAGUAGAAUUGGACACUCAGUUUUUGUCACCACAUGUCACAUACUUUAUAUACAUUGUCUUCAAAUAUUGCGGUAGAAGUAGCCCGAAAUACAUACCCUUCGAAUACAAAGUGGAUGAGGAGACACACUGUUCUAGAUCAUGCAUUGCAUAUGUUGAAGAAAAUGGAUGGUUGAUGACUAAACUAUGCCAGUUUACUUGCCACCAGGAACAACAAAAUUUCAGUAUCGAGUUCUUGCCAAGACGUCAAAUUCCCUUAGACCACGAGUUCGGUUUUGAUGAGGAGUUUGCUUUUGAAGGCAUUGAAUUUCAAACUCUGGAGAGUGUAAGAAUUAACAUGAUUUUGUUUGUUUACAACAUUUAAAGCUUAUUAUUCAGAGUCCAAAGUAUUCAAAAAACUGCAUGACAUGCAAAUUAAACAUUUUUUAGUUUUAUA